AUGGCUGCAGCUGGUAGCGGCAGUUUCCAGGACGGACGUAUUGCCUCGAAGCGUCUCAUGAUGCUCGUGGCCCUACUUCUCGUCUCCUGCUGUCUCGGCCAUGGCUUUGGCGAUGAGGAUCAUGUCGAGGUGGAGGAAGUCGGCAGCAGUUGCAUGGAAAGCGAGAGGAGAGCUCUCCUCGCCAUCAAAUCUGAUAUGUACGACCCCGACAACUGGUUUUCUUCUUGGACCGGCAAAGACUGCUGUGGGUGGAGAGGUGUGGCGUGCGACCACACCACCGGCCAUGUCACCAAGCUCGACCUCCGCUACCCCUACACAUACACAUACACAUACACAUACGAUAUGUGGGAUGUGUUUUACGAUGCGGAAACAAUAGGCGCCAGCAAGGUAAAUCCAUCUUUGCAAGAACUGAAGUACUUGAAGUAUUUGGAUUUGAGCAUGAAUAACUUCUCCCACGCCCCUGUGCCUUCUGUGAUUUCUUCACUAGUCCACUUGGAGUAUCUCAAUCUAUCUUAUGCCAUGUUCUAUGGACUAGUUCCUCCUCAGCUGGGGAACCUCUCCAACCUAUACCAUCUCGAUCUUGGGGGAUGGUUUCUACAUGUUGAUGAUCUCGAUUGGCUCUCCCGUAUUCCUUCUCUAAAAUAUCUUGACAUGAGUUAUGUCAACCUCUCCAAAGCAACCAAUUGGUUCUACGUAAUUAAUUCUAUUCCCACACUCGAAGUGUUGCGUUUGAGGUAUGCAGACCUGCCAUAUGUUCCAUCUCCUUUGCCCCCUUUUAAUCUGACAGCCAUCGCCACGUUGGAUCUGUCUUGGAAUUCCAACAUCUCGUCUGCCAUGCUAAGAUGGCUUUCUAACGCCACCAGCCUCGAGUACCUCCUUCUUUUUCGCUGUGGGAGUCUCACUAUCGAACCGCUACAAGUUGCUCUAGCAUCUCUUAUCAAUCUGAAGGAGUUGGAUUUGUCAUUCAACUCCCUUGAAGGAGAAAUUCGUGAAACUCUGAACAAUGUCAGUAGCAGGGGCCUGAAGCACUUGGAUUUGAGCUGGAAUCAAUUAUCUGGAGAUAUUCCUCCAGGGAGCCUUAGAGACCUGGAGUACCUGGACUUAUCAGGGAAUUUUAAUGUCAUCGUACAUAUAUUUGCUUCUCUGGGGAAUCUCACAAACUUGCGACAUUUAGGGUUGUCGGGCAAUUCAAUCAGCGGAGAAAUUCCACAAACCGUAGGAAAUUUUGUCCGAUUGGAGUACCUAGAUUUGUCCUCUAAUGGCAUCAUUGGAAAAAUACCAGAGAGCAUCGGCAACCUCA